GUGGGAAUCAGCCACGACCAUUUCCGGUGUCAUAACUUUGUCCAGUAUUUCUACAUUUUGUGGUUUUGAUUAUUGUCUUCAUUGCAAAUAUGGGGGUAAUUCGUGGCAAAAGCGACUGGCUGGAAUAUGGUUUGAGUGAUGAUAUGGAGCAUAUUAUUGAACCUGUGAGCUCGUCUGACAAUGAAUCGUUGAAUGAUGAACCGGCCCAUGUUCCACGACGCAAAGCACAGACACCGAAGUCUCGCCCACCGCGGAGGGAUGGAAGCAUCAUGGAGGCUAUCAAUAGGCGUAGAAUUGGCCAGAAGCAGGCACGCAGAUGUGGAAACUUGGGAGAACUAAUGGCUUUGGUUGAGAGUGAUGGCAUGGAGAUAGACUUCAACAUGUUUGAGCCUUCCAUGUCUGUGUUUGCUGAACUGUUUGCGGAGAAGGAAAAAAUGGAGGCUUGGAAUGACUUUGUGAACUCCACUGAGGAGCAGCAGCUGGCUGUGCUGACCUCUGAACCCAUCACUGAGUGUUGCCAUGACAACCAGGCCAGUGACCUUGACAGUGAAGGUCAGGAGAGUGAUGACAGCUGGGAGCAUGUCCAGGAUAAGAGAGCUACUCAUCCCUGUUUCAGUGCAGAGGAGUGCUUUCAGCGUAUUGAUAAGAACAUUCGGACGAUGUUGAAACGCAGGCAUAAACCUAUGGGUAUGCUGGUGAGCCUGGAGGGCGAGAUAGUGAACUUCUUCAAGGAGUGGCCCCAGUCAGUGUACGUGUCCAAGCUGGCAAGCAGCUAUGAGCGCAUGAUGCUGCACGCGCUGUGUCAGUAUCUUCAGCUGAUCUCUAAAAGCUUUGACAGCUCAGGUAUUCGUCAGACCCAGGUGGAGAAUCCUCACUCCUCGUUCCAGCCCCCUCCAACUCUGCUGACUGACUAUCUGGAUCAGCACAUUAACUCCAACCCUCCUCUGUUUCCAUCUUCUAAACCUCAUUAAGAACAGCAGACUUGGGCCUAUAUUUUCGAAGCUCCUUAGAAUCUAAAAAUUUAAGAUGUAUUCAUCAGUUGCUGAUAUCCAAUUAAACCACAUAAUUUUAUAAAAAAAGCAGUAUUGAUACUGAAGACCUGAAAUGCAACCAUUUGCCUGCAUCCUACCUUUUAUUUGACUUUUAAGUACUAAGAUGUACAAAUUACAAAUAUUCCUAAAAAUAAGCUAUUUUAAGAUUUUUAAAAUGUUAAAUCGUUUUAUUUUUAAUUUUAAAUUGAGAGUUUUAAGUGUAUAAAUUGGUUUGGUACCCAAUAAUAUGUAACAAGCUAUUAAGAGGGGUUUAUUUAUGAUGUGAUAGCAAUAACUUGCAUGUUUUUAUGCCCCCGGUAGGGUGGCAUAUAGCAGUUGAACUGUCCGUCAGUCAGCAUGUCAGUAUGUGUGUAUGUCAGUCUGUUUGUCUGUCCGAAAAAAACACUUUAACCUUGGCUAUAACUUUUGCAUUAUUGAAGAAAGAAACUUGAUAUUUGGCAUGCAUGUGCAUCUCACGGAGCUGCACAUUAUGAGUGGUGAAAGGUGAAGGUCAUCCUUCAAGGUCAAAUGUCUAAUAUAUGGCGUCUGUCAGUCCGUCCAAAAACUUUAACAUUGGCCAUAAAUUGUUCACUAUUGCAGAUAGCAACUUGAUAUUUGGCAUGCAUGUGUAUCUCAUAGAGCUGAACAUUUUGAGUGGUGAAAGGUGAAGGUCAAGUUCAUCCUUUAAGGUCAAAUGUCAAAUAUAUGGCAUCUGUCGGUCCGAAAACUUUAACAUUGGCCAUAACUUUUCCAAUAUUGAAGAUAGCAACUUGAUAUUUGGCAUGCAUGUGCAUCUUACGGAGCUGCACAUUUUGAGUGGUGAAAGGUGAAGGUCAAGGUCAUCCUUUCAGGUCAAAUGUCUAAUAUAUGGUGUCUGUCUGUCCGUCCAAAAACUUGAACAUUGGCCAUACAUUUUUCACUAUUGAAGAUAGCAACUUGAUAUUUGGCAUGAAUGUGUAUCUCAUGGAGCUGAACAUUUUUGAGUGGUGAAAGGUGAAUGUCAAGGUCAUCCUUUAAGGUCAAAUGUCAAAUAUAUGGCGUCUGUCAGUCCGAAAACUUUAACAUUGGUCAUAACUUUUUCAAUAUUGAAGAUAGCAACUUGAUAUUUGGCAUGCAUGUGUAUCUCAUGAAGCUGCUCAUUUUGAGUGAUGGAAGUUCAAAGUCAAGGUCAUCCUUCAAGGUCAAAUGUAAAAAAAAAAAAAAAAACAAUUUCAAAGCGGCGUUCUCAUGAAGCUGCACAUUUUUAGUGGUGGAAGGUCAAGGUCAUCCUUAAAGGUCAAAGGUCAAAAAUAAAUAAAUAUUUUUUUAAAUUUCAAAGCGGCGCAAUAGGGGGCAUUGUGUUUCUGACAAACACAUCUCUUGUUAAUAAUGAGUUGUUUAAGGAGCUUUAUGGAAAUGGGCUGUGCCGGAUAAUAAUUUCUUAAUUCAUGUUAUUUCAAACUAUUCUGCCUGUGUUAUUUGGAAGAACGCUUUUAUUUAAUGGUGAUGACGACUUUUCAUCAGGUAUUCAAUUUUGUUGUCCAGUGUCUUUUCUCUUUUUUGUACUGUUUUAUUAAAAUACCUGCUGAUUUGUUCAUUGAGACAUUUAAUCUUACACAGUUAUUUUUAAAACUAAGAAUCCUGUUAUAUAGAAGAUUUGAAGCGAGACAUUUGUUUUAAUGAUCUUUUUUUUUAAAUAUAAGAGAUUGAAGUGCUGUCAAAUACAAAUUUAAUGUUGUGUCUGUAUGAAAUGAGCUUAACAGUGUUUUUUGUUAUGCGUUUUAAUAGUGAUUAUUUGUGCCGUAUUGUUGUAAUGAAAAUAAAUAUUUUAGGGUAUGCCAUGUCAAAUGAAGAAAGAUCAACGACAAUUUAAUGAAACAUUUAAAGGAAAUGUGUUCAUAUGUUAAAAUGUAUGUCAGGACAUGUUUAUUUACGGAGAUUUUACAUUGAUCCAUAACCCUGUUAAAGAUGUUCAUUGCAACUUAUGUAAUAACCCACAUAACGUGUGUUUUACCCAAAAUAUUAUCCAAUAUGAUGGUAAAAUAAUACACAUUUAAUGGUGAAUUAAAGCAAGUUACUAUCAAA